AUGCCGCCCUGCAACGGCAGAUGGAGGCCGCGCGGCGGGAAGCCGAAGCUCACGAGAGGGGAUCGAGGAGGAGGCUCCGAGUCCUGCCACAAGGUGAGGACAGGUCUGUUUAGCGGACCGACAGGGCACAGCAACCCAAACAGGGUGAGGAGAGCACCCUUAUGGGAACGCCAGCACCCCGAGCCACCGCCGCAGCCACCGAGCACACAACAACCGACGCCCCCGCAGUCACCGCCACCAAAAUCGCCACCGCCGAACGCACCGACACAACAGUCGUCGUCACGACAGGAGGAGGCACCGAAGGAGCCGCCACAGGAAGAGGCCCAGCGGCCCCGAUGGGGUGGUCCGGAGACCGCGGUGUGCGGGCCAUUUGUGUCACAAAACGUGCACACGGCGCCCCGCAGCUUCCAUGGAUCCCCGGCUCAGACUCCUCAUCCGCCAUUCCUCUCAGACUCCUCAUCGGCCUCCACUCUGCCACGACAGCCUUUCUCCACCGCCCUUUCGCGGCUACUCGCCCCGGCCAGGGUCGCGACCUAUGCCCCGCGCCAGCGCCUGUGCUCCGACUGCGGCAAACUGCCAGCCUGGUGCCAGCGCAUCGAUGACCGCGCAGCGGCAAAACGCAGUUGA